AUGCUUCUCUCCAACAUCUUGCGCCUGGCCCUUGUCUCCGUUCUUCCAGCGGUUGAUGCCAUCGUCCUGCCGCCCACAGGCCUCAAUGACAGGAAGGAAAACCGUGCCCGCAUGGAAGUUUACUGUCCUUCAGACCGGGCCACAAACAACCAAUGGGGUGUACCGAUUGGUGUUUCGGAGAACAUCCGCUACCUGAGAGGUGUUGGAGGCAAGCCUGUGAACGGGCCUGGACCGAACGCUUGCGGGAGGAUUGCGUGCAGUCAUGACACUGCUGUGUUUUGGUGUAAUGAUAACUACUACACCAAGGGACUUGACUCGUAUCAAGUAAUCGCCGAUGUGGUCGAUAAGCUCAGGAACGACGCGCGCUGCUACAGAACGAGGAAAGAAAGUGAGAAUGGUCCUUUGGUCAUGUACGGGAUCCGCGGAGAGAUUAAGAUGAACGACGGAUGGAGUGUAGUUGUGAGGUCUGAGAAGUGUUAA